CUGCGUUUCGUACGUACGGAUCGAUCAGUCAUCCAGUGAGUUUUGUAAGCAAAGCUGCGGAGAAGCAAAAAGGAGCAGACACAAAUUUCUUAUCUCUACGUAGCUCGUUAAUUAUUGGUGUACAGAGUAGUGCGAGACAAACGCUGGCAGUACGCACGUUCGAGUAAUUGGUGCUCGCAAAAAUGGGUGGAUUAUUCCGCAGCGAGGAGAUGAGCUUGUGCCAGCUCUUUCUCCAGAGCGAAGCUGCCUACGCCUGUGUGUCAGAGCUUGGCGAGCUUGGAUUGGUACAAUUUCGAGAUUUGAAUCCAGAUGUCAAUGCGUUCCAACGUAAAUUCGUCAACGAGGUACGGCGUUGCGAUGAAAUGGAACGCAAGCUGCGUUAUCUGGAAAGGGAGAUUAAAAAGGAUGGUAUACCCAUGCUGGAUACAGGUGAAAAUCCAGAGGCUCCCCAGCCCCGUGAGAUGAUAGAUUUGGAAGCUACUUUUGAAAAAUUGGAGAAUGAAUUGAGAGAAGUCAAUCAAAAUGCUGAGGCUCUCAAACGUAACUUCUUGGAGCUAACUGAGCUCAAGCAUAUUCUAAGAAAGACUCAGGUCUUUUUUGAUGAGGCUGAGCAUGGAAGUGUCGUGUCGCAGAUGGCCGAUCCGAGCCGUGAAGAGGAACAGGUGACACUACUCGGGGAGGAGGGCCUCCGCGCUGGCGGCCAGGCUCUCAAGCUCGGCUUCGUCGCUGGUGUCAUUCUACGUGAGCGGAUUCCAGCCUUCGAGAGGAUGUUGUGGCGCGCCUGUCGUGGAAAUGUCUUCCUUCGUCAAGCCGAGAUCGAGACGCCACUUGAAGAUCCAUCAACGGGCGAUAAUGUUUACAAAUCUGUAUUCAUCAUCUUCUUCCAAGGUGACCAGUUGAAGACAAGAGUAAAGAAGAUUUGCGAGGGUUUCCGCGCUACUCUCUACCCCUGUCCGGAAGCUCCAGCUGAUAGACGCGAAAUGGCUAUGGGGGUCAUGACUCGUAUCGAAGAUCUCAAUACUGUAUUGGGUCAAACUCAAGAUCACAGACACCGUGUACUCGUCGCUGCUGCCAAAAACAUAAAAAAUUGGUUCAUCAAAGUACGAAAGAUCAAGGCCAUCUAUCACACGCUCAAUCUGUUUAAUCUCGACGUAACUCAGAAAUGUUUAAUUGCCGAGUGCUGGGUACCGCUGCUCGACAUGGAAACUAUUCAGCUGGCCUUGCGUCGAGGAACAGAGAGAAGCGGUAGUUCUGUGCCACCGAUUCUCAAUCGCAUGGAGACAUUCGAAGAUCCACCGACCUACAACCGAACAAACAAAUUCACCAAAGGCUUCCAGGUGUUGAUAGACGCUUACGGCGUUGCCUCGUAUCGAGAAAUGAAUCCAGCCCCCUAUACCAUUAUCACCUUUCCGUUCUUGUUCGCUGUAAUGUUCGGCGAUUUCGGCCACGGUCUCAUCCUGUUCCUGUUUGGUGGCUGGAUGGUCCUGAAAGAGAAACCAUUGAUUGCUCAAAAAACCGAUAACGAGAUCUGGAAUAUAUUUUUCGGUGGUCGUUAUAUCAUAUUACUAAUGGGAUGCUUUUCUAUGUAUACGGGUCUCAUAUACAACGACAUAUUUUCAAAGUCGCUCAAUGUAUUUGGCACGUACUGGUCGGUAUCGCACCUCAACGCGACGGUGUUGCGCGGCAGUAGAAACUUGCAGCUCGAUCCGACCUACUCGUACGUGCAGCACCCCUAUCCAUUCGGUAUGGAUCCUAUUUGGCAAUUGGCCGAGAACAAGAUCAUUUUCUUAAACUCGUACAAAAUGAAGAUAUCCAUCAUCUUCGGUAUAAUUCACAUGCUGUUCGGCGUGGUGGUCGGAUUCUUCAACCACACCUACUUCAAGCGUCGGAUCAACAUUAUCUGCGAGUUCGUCCCACAGGUCAUCUUCCUCACGUUUUUGUUCAUGUACAUGACUCUGCUCAUGUUCAUCAAAUGGAUAAAAUACGGAGCUUUUCAUCCCGAGUACAAUCCAAAUCCGGAGACGAGCUCGUUCUGCGCGCCGUCUGUUCUCAUCACCUUCAUCAACAUGGUAUUGUUCAAAACAUCGGCUGAAAUAAAACCAUGCAGUCCUUACAUGUAUGCAGGUCAAGGUGGUUUUGAAAAUCUACUUGUAAUAUGCGCGGUACUAUGUAUACCGUGGAUGUUGCUUGCUAAACCAAUCCUGCUCAUGCAAGAGAGGAAGAGAAAACAUAUUCAAAAUUUACAACAUGGAACGGAAAAUGGUGAUAUCGAUGGUGCGGUACAACCUGCAAUGGGCGCUCAUAAAGAAGAGGAAAUGUCCGAGAUCUUUAUUCAUCAGAGUAUUCACACAAUUGAAUACGUUUUGGGUAGCAUAUCGCAUACAGCCUCUUAUCUUCGUCUCUGGGCCUUGUCUCUCGCUCAUGCUCAAUUGUCCGAAGUUUUAUGGAAUAUGGUCAUGAGAAAUGGUUUAACUUCGGAAGGAUGGUUCGGCGGAAUUAUUCUUUGGGGUAUUUUCGCUUUCUGGGCUGUGCUCACAGUCGCAAUUCUCGUACUUAUGGAAGGAUUAUCUGCUUUCCUUCAUACUCUCAGGCUUCAUUGGGUGGAGUUCCAGAGCAAAUUCUAUGCUGGUCAAGGCUACGGCUUUACUCCUUUCUCCUUUGAGAUAAUCCUCGAGGCAGCCCAAUCUACAUCUGAGAUAGUAGAUUAAAAUUAGAAAUUUAACAAAAUCUACGAGCUUUUGUUUGAUCAAAUUAUUUGCCUCACAAUGCAAUCUUUGCAAAGAUUAUUUUAAAGCUAACUUAAUAAAGUACUUCUCUCUGUCUCUCUCUCUAUUAAAAUUAGUAUUGAAUCUCUGAAUGUUGUAUUUAAAAUACGCACAGUGCAAUCUUGUUUGAAUUAACUAUUCUUUUUCAAUUUUGUUUAUUAUUGUUUCAUUGAAGUUAUAAGAAUAAAACGUUGCGUAUAGAUAAAUAUUAAA